UUUUUCUGGCUCUUCUGUAAACCUCCAGUACUGUCAUCCUCUGGAUUAGGAUAGAGUUUCCUGAGCUUGGGAGUGUUGUUGAGCUAUGGCGAUGGCUUGUGGAUGCAGUUCUGCCGAUACCCGAUGGAGCAUGGGGUCUCUCAAGUCGGCCCUUCCUUCCCUUCCUCCUCUUCCCAAGGCGGCGGCGGCGGCGGCGGCGGUGAGGGCUCCUCCUUCCUCUGUUCGGUUCUUUUCCGUCUCUAAAAGGGCCUCCUAUGCUCUCCUUCGCAAACCCCAGUUGCAGUUGGGCUCGUUCGCGGGGUUGUCCCCGCUCAAUCCCCUUCUCUCCCUCGGGCUCGCGGAUUACUCAAGCUAUGAACACAACUUCACCCUCAUUGACAACGGCUCUCGAGUUUCCGCUAUGAGGCAUGGCAGGCGGGUUCCCAAGCUCAAUAGGCCCCCUGACCAGCGACGUGCACUAAUUCGCGGCCUCACAACUCAGCUUCUCAAAUAUGGUCGGAUCAAGACCACCAGAGCAAGGGCCAGUGCCAUUAGGAAGUAUGUGGACAAGAUGAUUACUUUGGCAAAAAAUGGAUCUCUUCACAAAAGAAGACAAGCCCUUGGCUUUAUCUAUGAAAAGCAGAUUGUUCAUGCUUUAUUUGCUGAAGUCCCAGAAAGGUAUGGCGAUAGAAAUGGUGGCUAUACAAGAAUUAUUAGAACUCUGCCAAGGCGAGGGGACAAUGCACCUAUGGCCUAUAUCGAGCUUGUCUAGUUAACCUUUCUCCUGGCAAAUUUGUGGAUUAUUUUUUAACUAAAUUACUGUAGCUUAUUGUUUGACCGUGAGAAUUGCUGCCAUGUACGAGGAAAGUAAAUGUUAUUGCUUCAUUGUUUA